AUGGCCAAAUUUACACGUUUCUGUGAGGAUCUACCGGGCUUCGAUCACCACACAUUACGGCCUGGAAAAGGAUGUGUGGGCUGUGGAGUCGAGGGCCGGGAGCAACAGCCAAAGGCCCCAAUUUCUAUCAUAGAUAUUCAUGACUCCCCCAGGCCAGCACGCAUGCUUGGAAAGAGAGAGACGCCGGCUAGUUUGAGUCGUACUAGCUCCAUUACCAGGGACCAGGCUCUCAACGAUACCCGAUCUCAUGCAGGUAGUCGGGCUAUGCACACAGGUGGCAUCAGUGAUCGUGCCCGAUCCAAUGACAGUGGUGUCACAGCGUCUAUUUCCAAGGCUUUGGUGACACCGCGUCAUCAAUUCUAUGAUCCAGCAAGCCUAGAUCUUCUGGAGCUUGAGUAUACCAAUAAUAAGUCUUUUCGUUCUAUCUCACUGAGAUUAGUGGAUAAAAAUCUACCUGGGCUGGAUAUCGAGCAAUGGAUCAAAGAAGACAUGGUUCCAGAAGGUGAAACCUGGAAUGCUAUCAUCUACGAUCCUCGAGUGACUCGUCGACGGCAAAGUGUCCUUAACAGCGAUUUCACACGCGAUAUCCUCCAAGCCUGCAAGGAAGAGAAGGGUGAGCGCACGCUCUUCAUAGUAUGUGAAAUACCGGAUCCGGAUUACCUGCAAGCAGUGGAAAGUCCCAUCAAGGAAGACAAGGCUACACGCAAGAAGGCAGCCAAAAAGGAGCCGGAGUCGAAGAAGGAUAAGACCAAGAAGGAGAGUAAGCCUACACCAGCGGAGUUCAAAGCACCGUUGAGGCCUAGCACACGUGCAACGAAGAAGGAUCCGGGCGAGGACUUGCAAGGUGACGUUGUUGAGACUGGUAGUCUUAAGCUGGAAGGGAUCAAAGAGGAAGGUCUUGAAGUUAAAGAGGAAGGUAGCGGUGAGACUGAGAGUGAUGAAGAAGAAGACGAUGAGGUGGACCCGUCUAAGUCUCAUAAGAGGGGUGCUUCUGUUACAUCGCCUGAAGGUAAGAACGCUACAAAGAGGGGUGGAAGAGUAGCGCCGAGAUGA